AUGUUAACUUGUAUAGCUUGUUCAAAGCGGCAAACUGGCAGAUCUCUUCCCGACCCACCAGUGGAGGAUGACACAGCCAUAACUCCCUCCAGUAAACAACCAAUCAAAGCCCUAACCAACCAGAUCAAGGAUAUGGCAAUAAAGGCAUCUGGUGCUUACAAGUCUUGCAACCCUUGUUCCCGCUCCUCAAGCAACAACCAAAGCCGAGCCUACGCUGACUCGGAAGCCGGCUGGGUGUCAGAGAGAAUCUAUGGCUCCUAUAGGAGGACAGAGAACUUAAACAACCACCCAAAGCUAUGGGGGAAGGAAAUGGAAGCGAAACUAAAGGCCCUUUCAAGCGGUGAAGGCACGCCGUCUUCAGUUAGUUGUAGAAGUGUAUCAGUGGUGUUCAUGGAGGAGGAUGAGCCCAAAGAGUGGGUUGCACAGGUGGAGCCUGGUGUGCUCAUUACUUUUAUUUCAUUGCCUCAAGGAGGAAAUGAUCUCAAAAGGAUUCAAUUCAGUCGAGAGAUGUUUAACAAAUGGAAAGCUCAACGGUGGUGGGCAGACAACUAUGACAAAGUGAUGGAAUUAUACAAUGUCCUGGGGUUCAAUCGUCGAGCAGUACCAGAAACAACUCUGCAGAAAUCUGAUGAGGAGAACUCAAAAAUUGAAUCUGCUGAGCAUAGCCCUGUUGAACACCACCAAAUGCAAUCUUGCCAUUACUACGACUCUGGUGAUCUUAAUUCGACGCCAAAACUGUCCAGCAUUAGUGCUGCAAAGACUGAUGCAUCGUCCAUCGAUGCUUCUGCACAGUCUAUUUCUUCAAGAGAGUCCGAUCAUUCCAGGGAGCUUUCAGUGAGCAAUGCCAGUGAUUUCGACACUGAGUGGGUUGAGCAAGACGAACCCGGAGUCUACAUUACAAUCGGAACGUUGCCAGAUGGCACUCGUGAGCUUAGACGAGUGCGGUUCAGCCGAGAAAGGUUUGGAGAAAUGCAGGCAAGGUUGUGGUGGGAAGGGAAUAGAGCCAGAAUUCAACAGCAGUACUUGUGA